AUGCAUUUCAGUCCAGUCUUUUGGUUUUAUUCCAUUCUCCAAUGGAUACUCGACAAGAUCUUCUCACCCACCCCCCCUCCGCCAGGUGCACGCUUACGUCGGCCAAAGAUUGCAGUCAUCGGCGCUGGUCUUACUGGCGUCUCUGCAGCCGCACAUUGCAUGGGUCAUGGGUUUGAUGUCACCCUUUUUGAAGCCGGAGACGAGAAGCAUCUCGGCGGUAUAUGGAGCCAUGUGAACACCACGUCUGGGCUCCAGAUUCAUAGCGCCAUGUAUAGGUUCCAUCCCUCGAUCAAAUGGGAAGGGGGAUACCCAAGGCAGAAUCAGAUUGUCAGUCAAAUCCAACAGUUGUGGUACCGUUAUCACCUCGACGAGAAGACAAAAUUCAACACCCGAGUUGAGAAGAUCUACAAGGACAAACAAGGGCGAUGGAUACUCAACGACGUUUCUAAUGGUAGAUUUGAUGGCAUCAUCCCAGCUAUUGGGACCUGCGGUGCUCCUAAGAUGGCUCAUCUCUCUGGCCAAGAAACUUUCAAGGGCGACAUCUACCACUCCUCCGACCUGGACAACAAGGAUGCGGAAGGGAAAAAAGUUCUCAUCGUUGGUGGUGGCGCCAGCGCGGUUGAGGCUCUCGAGUGGGCAGUCAACACGGGAGCUGCUGAGAUCAAAGUCCUUGCCAGAUCUGAUAAAUGGAUCAUACCUCGGAACGCAUUUGUGGAUGCGCUUCUUGCUUUUAAUAUCUUCGGCCAGGAAACCCUCCUCUCGUGGAUCCCCGAAAAUCUCCUACGCUUCUUUUUCUACCGUGAUUUGAAAGAUAUAGCUCCCGCUGACCAGGGCUUAUUCACGGAGACGCCAAUGGUGAAUAGUGAAAUAUUCCACUGGAUACGGGCUGGCAAAGCCGCUUGGCUGCGUGGUGACAUUGAAGAGGUCCGGAAAAAUGGGAUCUUCUUUAAUCAUCGAGCUAAGAAUGUUCCAAAGGGCGGGCCUGGCCGCCACAAAUUGAUUGAGGGAGAUGUGAUCAUUAUGGCUACCGGCUACAAGCGGCCCAGCCUCGACUUUUUGCCGGAUGAAUGCUUCAAGGACGGCUACGUACCACCUCGAUGGUUCAUACAAUGCUUUCCUCCGGCGGCCCCAUCUAUUUGCGCGAUCAACUCAACAUACGUCUCGGCUAUCGGCACGGUUGGAAACUACCAUAUCGGAAUCUACACACGCAUGCUGCUGAUGUUCUUGGUCGACCCUCUCACUACCCCUCGGACUUGGUGGAUGGAGCGAUGGGUUGACUUUACGAGCGCUAUUAAGUCGCUGGGCCCAACGAAAGCCUUUGACUUCUUCACCUACUCGGAGCUACUUUACUGGUUCUUCUUUAUUACGGUGAUCAACCCUUUCAGAUGGAAAUGGGCUCUGUUUGUCUUUUUCGGCAUUGGUAAAGACUUACCGGCCAAGGUCGUGGAGGAAGAAGACAGGUUGAGGAAUGGACUUGGUUACAGGAAGAGCCUCUACGCGGAUUAA